AUGCCAUCGGCCGAUCGCGCCCACCCAUGCCUCUUGGACCUGGAAGACCUCGAGUCGGAAAGUUCCCCGCUCUUCGUCAUCAAAACUGGCGCCAUAGAACUCGAGUUCGACCUCUUGUUUUGCAACCAGACAUUUCGCAGUCUGGGUCUGCGCGGCUCCGUCCUUGCUCAAGACAGAGCUGCGCUGCUCUUCCGCUCCUGGGCACAGGCUUUGGGCGACUUCAAGCCCGAGUAUGAAUUUGGAAACAGGGUAUGGAGCGCCGAAUGUGCUGGGCGCUCUGGCGCCUGGAAAGUAGUAAGAGCCAUCAGGUCCAGCUCUCCGGACCGCGACCAGCAAAUAUUGAAUCCAAAGACAAAUGCACAUGGUGGUGCGAAGAUCCAUCGAACACCCGUCUUCACCCGUUCGCGAUCGGAUAUCAUGAAGGAAGCCAAGUUUGACAAACCGAAGCCGCCCCAAACCCUGCCCUCCACCAAUCUAAAUGCGAGAUGGGAAAGCAUCCAGAUCAUGAUGGAGAUGAGCGAUGUUGGCGUCUUCGAGUACAACUCAGAAGGACUGUUACUACAUGCAAAUGAGGCUUGGUAUAGACUAAGUUCUCAUCCCAGAGGCCUCGAGUCCCAGUACUCCUUCAUGGAUCUCGUUUAUCCCGAAGAUCAGGCUCUUGUAAUGUCCAUGUGGAACAACCUUGCCCAAGGACAAUCUGUUACUUUUGAAAUGCGCUGGAAACCACGCCCUGGAUCCAAAGACAAUGCUCAAUGGGUCCUCUCAGCCUGUGUGCCCGUUUUUGAUGACGAUAGAAACCUCAUCAGUAUAGCCGGCAAUACAAUUGACAUCAACGCACAGAAGAAGACACAGGCUGUGGCGCAGGCACAGGUCGAGGCUCUUGAGCAGGCUCGGCUGGCAGAAAUGAAAUUCGCCCGAUUCGCUCAGGUCUCUCCAGUAGCAAUCUACAUAUAUGUUCCUGAGAGUGGUAUGAACUUUGUGAAUGACCAAUUCUUUGAGCUGACCGGUCAUGCCCAUGCACCGGUGAACCAGUUUGAAUGGUUUGAUCUUAUUGCGGAUGAAGAUGUGGUUAGAGUCAAGAAUGAUUGGGAAAACAUGUUUAAAGGUGCCAAAUCCCAUGGAGUGCAAUUUCGCCUCAAGAAGACUUGGGUCAAUCAGGACGGCAAGCGCUCCAACAUCUGGGUGCAGAGCUCGAGCUACCCCGAGCUCGACGAAAGCGGGAAAGUGAUUAGCAUCAUGGGGACUUUGUUCGAUAUCUCGCAAUUCAAAUGGGCCGAAAGCGUUCAGCGCCGCCGAAUAGAGGAAGCGCUCGAAGCAAAACGGCAACAGGAAAAUUUUAUCGACAUGACUUCCCACGAAUUGCGAAACCCGCUCUCCGCCGUGAUCCAAUGUGCUGAUUCGGUCAUCGCUUCGCUGCAGCAGCUGUUAACCCGAAAAUCGAUCAACCCGCUCUUUGAAGACUCUAAAUAUGAGGCUGAAAUACACAGUUGCAUUGAGUCGCUGUUAAUCAUUGUUUCAUGCUCGAUGCACCAGAAACGCGUUAUCGACGACGUUCUCACUCUGUCUAAGCUCGACUCAAACCUGAUCUUGAUCACGCCUAUGCGCGUGCAGCCAGCAGUAGUGGUCUCGGACGCAGUAAGGAUGUUUGACGUUGAGUGCAGUCAGGCAGAUAUCAGUCUUACGUUUCAUAUUGAUGAAACGCUCAACGGCAUCGAAUGGACAAUGCUAGAUCCUUCACGCUUGUUACAAGUACUUAUCAACUUGCUGUCCAGCACCAAUGCGAUCAAGUUUACCAAGGACCGUCCUCGGAGAACCAUCUCUGUUACAAUUGGUGCAUCGUGGACCAAACCACCUAAAUGUUGGGAGGAUAUCACCUUCACUGACGACGAAAGGACAAAGUCCGAGAUUACCGAUGACUCCGAAUGGGGAGAUGGUCGCAAGGCAUAUCUCUGGCUCAAAGUACAGGACUCGGGAUGCGGCAUGACUGUGGACGAGCAAAAGAAGCUCUUCGCUCGCUUCUCACAGACAACGCCUCGCACCCACGUCAAGUACGGCGGAUCAGGUCUCGGCCUUUUCAUCUCCAAGUCGCUCACGAAACUGCAAGGUGGAUCUAUCGGCGUGGUUUCCGUAAAAGAAGAAGGGUCGACAUUUGCAUUCUACAUCAGUACACGCCUGGCCCAACCGCCAGUUGAUCAAUUAUCCGGAAGAGCAGUGCAAGCCCGACCGGUACCUCGGCGGACAAUGACGAGCGAGGAAGCCAUGAAGAUGGCCAGACUCAACAUACUCAUCGUGGAGGACAACCUCGUCAACCAAAAAGUCCUCCGAAAGCAGCUUGAAAAAUUUCACUGGAACAUCAGCGUAGCCGGCAACGGCCAGGAAGCCCUCGACUGGCUCAAAAACAGCGUAUACUGGCAUAGCGAAAAAGAGGACGGCUCCACACAAGAACCCAAACACGAACUGGAUAUUAUCCUCAUGGAUAUUGAAAUGCCCAUCAUGGACGGCCUUACGUGCGCCUGUCUAAUCCGCGACUACGAACACCAAGGUCUCCUCGCCCCACCCCGUCCCACAUAUCCACAGCAGACGCGUCGUCUCUCAGCCAUCUCAGUCUCGCCCAUCCAAUCGCAUCAAAACCACCAAUCUGAUUCCUCUUCCUCUUCCUCUUCCUCUUCCUGCUACUUCUCUCCUUCACCAGCGCAUAAGCAGCAUUCUUCCACUUCGUCCCUUGAGCGCCCUAGCAAGCAACUUCUUCGUCUCCCUAUCCUCGCCGUGAGUGCAAAUGCGCGUAUGGAGCAGGUGGAGCAGGCGCUCGCGGCGGGAAUGGACGACGCAAUUUCCAAACCCUUUCGCAUUCCCGAGCUGUGGCCGAAAAUAAGGGGGUUGGUGAGGAAAGCGGCAGAUGUGGAUACGGAAAAGAUGUCUUGA